AUUGAGCGCGCUGCUGCCCAGCUCUGCCCAGUUGUUUAUAUAAUGAGUGAUCUUUUUACAGGGAUUUGUCUGUUUGCUGAAGCUUCGACUGGACAAUCAUGGAGAUUGACGGCGGCCCGUCUCUGAAUAUGAAAGAUCCAGUGUCUGCAAAUCUGAAGGCAGGACGUUUGGGUGAUGCCUUGAGUGGCUCUACCCCUUCUGAAAGAGUCGCCAAAGAGGACAGCAGUGCAAUGUCCGUUCCUUGCAUCUUCUUCCAAUGUCCAUUCGGAUGCAGCGCCAUAUACCCCAAGUCAGCCAUAGAUGAACAUAUGCUGGGACAUCUAAAGAGGAUGCUGCAGUACAGGCCAUUAGAAGCAUCAGUUCUUAUGAUUCAUUCCCUAAGCAAGAACAAGGGAAGACUGCACACUGGUUUACAGAUUCUCUGCAAGUAUCUGGAUAACGUGUGCAAUAACCCCACUGAGGAGAAAUACAGGAAUAUCUCGGAGCACAACAAAGCCUUCCAGGAGAAAGUAGCUCCCAUUGAGGGGGCUAGAGACUUCCUACAGGCAGUAGGCUUCCAGCCCAAGAAGCUAUCAUAUAAAGACACCAACAUGCCCUUUCUGGUAAUGAGCGAGGAGUGUGCGUCCGACAUCGACCAGAUCAAAUCGGCUCGUGAUGUACUUCUCAAUACUCAGCCCACCGAGGCUGAGAUACAUCGAGACAUCCGAGUCUACUACCCUUCCCACAAGGCUGAGGAGUUUCAUGUUCCUAAGGACUUCUAUGAUGUCACAUCUGGUUUGCAAGUCCAUGACCCUCGAAAGUCAAGACGUUAUAAAUACACCCUCAUUAGGAUACGCUUUCCAGAUGGCGUCCUUUUGCAAGGAACAUUUCAGGUGGAAGAAAAACUGUCUGCCGUGAAGGCAUUCAUCUCGUCCAUGCUGGAGAAAGAAUGGCAACCAUUUGUGUUGCGUGACAAGAACGGCAAGGCUAUGUCUGCAGUGAACAGCACAUUGCAUCAAUUAAAGCUUGUUCCUGGAGCCAUCUUGGAUUUUGGUUUUAAUGCCACCAUUGAGGCUGAGAUGGCCACGGGUCUCUACUUCUGCAUUCACGGCCCAGUCCAACAAGAACACCACCUCAAGUCAGUGCUCAUGAGGACGAUUAAAGUUCUAUAAGGAAACCUCAGCAACAAAGACAGUCGGUUUGUUACGCACCCCCAGCCCCC